AUGUCUCCUGUAGCUAUUUUGCUGCUGCUGGCAGCUGGAUCAUGUGUGAAAUCUGAAAAGCUGACACAGCCAGACUCAGUCAAUGUACAGCCAGGUCAGCGACUUACCAUCAGCUGUCAGGUCUCUUAUUCUGUAACAAGCUACUGGACUGGAUGGAUCCGACAGGCUGCAGGCAAAGGACUGGAGUGGAUAGGAUGCAGAGUUGGCUCAAGUACAUCCUACAAAGAUUCACUAAAAAAUAAGUUCAGCAUCGACAUAGACUCUUCCAGAAACACAGCAACUCUUAAUGGACAAAACAUGCAGCCUGAAGACACUGCUGUGUAUUACUGUUCACAGUGUUACUAUGAAGCUUUUGACUAUUGGGGAAAAGGAACCACUGUCACCGUCACUUCAGCCACUCAGCAUGCUCCAACUGUGUUCCCGCUGAUUCCUUGUGGCUCCGGGGGGAGCGACAUGGUCACCCUCGGCUGCCUUGCCACUGGUUUCAACCCCCCUUCCAUUACUUUUUCCUGGCAACAAGGCAAUACUAAUUUGGACAACUUCAUCCAGUAUCCUUCAAUACAGAAGGGCAGUGAAUACGUCGGAAUUAGUCAGGUCCAAGUAAGAAGACAGGACUGGGAAGCAAAUAAUUCCUUCAAAUGUGUCGCAAAUCACGCUGCAGGACAACAACAUGCUUCAAUGGUCAAACCAAAGGAGGUUUUUCAGGCUCCGACUCUUAAAGUGUGUUCCUCCGUUGAUGAGGACAAAGAGGAGGCUUACUUCUCCUGCUUUGCCAAAGAUUUUACACCAAAUAAGUAUGAGAUCACAUGGAAGAAAGAUGAUAAAGACAUCAGCGAGAGGAUAGAUGAGGUCAACACAUCGGCUCAGGGAAGAAAUGACACAAACGGAACUAUUCUGUACAGUGUUGGAAGUCUGCUCACACUGAAAACCAGUGAAGUGCUUGAAGACACAAAGAUAACAUGUAUUUUUAAGGGAAAAGGUGAAAAUAACACUCCAGUCUACAGAAAUGCAACUGUGUCCCACAAGGAAUGUACAGGUGCGACUGAGGGUUGUCUUGAAGCAGAUGUGGAUGUAACCAUCAUACCCCCAACAUUACAAGACAUGUUUGAGAAAGGACAAGGAAAAUUAAUAUGUCAAGCCAAAUUUAAAAGGGGCAGAUUUGAGAACAUUUUCUGGGAGAAAACGAACGACAACACAAAACUUGUAGGCACAAACCGGACUUUAGGAUCAAGAACAUAUGAAGCUGAGACUGAAAUCACCUAUGAUGAAUGGCGCAAGGGGGAAACUUAUACCUGUGAAAUCCAGAACAAGGAUUGGCUUGAACCAUUAAGGAAAGAGUAUAACAGAAAUAAUAAUGACGUCGUGACUGAAGUAAACACCUACAGCGGAAUCAUUGAAGUAGAGGAAGAUGACAUGACUAACACAGCUAUCACCUUUAUCCUUCUCUUCCUCCUCGCCCUGGUGUUCUCCAUUGGAACCACUGCAAUUAAGGUCAAAUGAAAAAAAGAAGCACCUACAAAAGACAUU